AGGACUUAGUAACAUAGUUACUGUUGGCUUUUUGGGCACACAGGUGUUCGUUUUUUGGCGCCUUUCAUUCGGUUUCAUCGUGACCAAAAGGAGGCAGCAAUAUGUUCCUGGUUCUCUUGAUCGGGUCUGCGCUGGUUGCGGCCACAACCGCCGCCGAGGCAGAUCCCGUGAAAGUCGGUGUGUACGACGAAGCCUUCUGCCCCGCCUGCAGGAACUUCGCCGAAACUCAACUUGGUCCUACGUACGAGGAGCUGAAGGAUAUCAUGGUCGUGCAUCUGAAUGCUUACGGCUGGGCGCAGGACUGGCCUUGGGGCGAGGGCUACAUCUUCGACUGCCAACACGGGCCUGACGAAUGCGACGGCAACCAAAUCCUUGGCUGCGCCGAUAAGUACGUAACCGACCCUGACCUAAUGGUGGAAUUCUUCACUUGUUUCAUGUCGCAAGAUUAUACAGUUUACCGUCCCUGGGACGACGGUGAGAAGUGCGCUGGCCAGCUGGGCUUGGACUGGGAAACCAUAAAAACCUGCGCAUCGUCAGUCGAGGGACAGAUCAUUCAUCACGAAGCUGGUGUUGAAUUUCAAGCUCUGGACCCACAGCCUUAUGGCGUUCCUCAUAUUACUAUCAAUGGCGUUGCUGACGACUACGCGUACACGAACUUGAAGGAAGCCGUCUGCAAGGCGUACACAGGCGAGAAACCACCUGCUUGUAAUUAAAUGUCUACUAGAGUUUCGGAUUGUUUUGGUUGCAAGCCCUGCAAACCUUAAUAUUUUCUGGAGUUCUUGAUGGCUUUUUGGUUUAAUGUAAAGAAUAGUAGAGAUCAUUCAGUUCAAGCCGUGUAAUAUAGCACAUUUUUAUCUGCUAACUAGUAAGUACAUUACUUAACAAAUUUCUGCUUCUAAAAAUAUAAUAAAUUAAAAAAAAAGGAACUAGCAUGAAUGGAGUACAACCAGAAUAAAGAUGAAAAUGAAAAAUA